AUGAAGGAUAUCUUUCAGAGUCUUGUCGAGAAUCCGUUCUACUACAUGGACUUGGAUACUCAUUGGGAUGGGCACUCAGCAACUCUUCCUCCUACAUAUGGAAAGGAGCUAUAUCAAUAUUGGCAAAAGCUUCUUUGUGUGGAUGAGUUAAGUGCCGAGAAGUGGCGUAUUUCCACAGUUCAAAUGAUGAACAGGUAUCUUGAGCCUACUGCUAGGCCAAAAACAGACCCCAUAUGGCCUGUUGAGGCAUGGGACUGCACUACUGGUAUAAGGAGCUGGAAUAUUAGGCAGAGGUAUGUAAAUCAGUUGGUUCGCAACAUGCUGGAUCGAUCCAGUCUCAUUUCGCCUAUGUUACUGGACCACGAUCCCAAGAAGGAGCUAGACAGCGAGCACCCCUUCCAUCGGGAUGGACUGCUGCGUCGAUGCUAUGAGCAGGCCUGUGACUUUGCUGUCCAGAUGUGGGUCAGGGAUGAAUCCAUGAUCCGUUUUGAGGACAAAAUUAACAAGAUAGGUCCAUACACACUACCAAAAUACCCUGACGGGGCGGGCACGCGUACCACAAAAAGAUGGUGGUCCGGCGGGCAUGAUGGCCAUGAUACUCUGUUCGAUGGUUUAACCGGAGAAUUACACGAAGGACGAGAAACUACAAUGAUUUUGUGGCCUGCAAUCUGGGAUGUCUAUUGCAGACACAUCACCGUGCCUCCUCGGAGCCUAAACUCGUUUUUUUCUAGGCACGGAGGAAGGAGUAAUCUUGAGAGGGGCAAGGAAGACAUUUAUGUGGACGAGAGGGACUGGGUCUAUACUAUCAUUGCCUGUGGGUAUGUUUAUCUUGCAGGCAGAGGGUUCGUGAAGCCGGACGAUGCCCCUAGCAAGUGA